GCCCCAGGAUGACGUCAGCAGGAUGUAAAUGCAGCACCCCGAGGCCGACUCGCUCUUUUUCCUCUCCAGAGCUGUUUGGGGCGGCAGGCCUAGCUUUGUGUCUCUGAAACACCAACACCACCCAGCAACAUGAUCAUCUACAAGUGCAUCAUCUGCGACGAUGAGAUGUUCUCGGACACCUUCAAAGUCACCGUCUCUAAGAGUGGCAUCUUCUAUGAAGUUGAAGGAAAGGCCGUCACCAGGACAGAGGGCUUCGAUGAAAAAUUAAUUUCGGCCAACGCCUCUGCCGAUGAAAUGACAGAGGGCACCGAUUCGACUUCCGUCUCUGGAGUAGACAUCGUCCUCAACCACAAACUCCAGGAGACGUUCUACAACAAGAAGGCGUAUCUGACUCACAUGAGAACCUACGUAAAAGCCGUUAAGGCCAAGCUGCAAGAGACCAAUCCAGACAGAGUGGACGCCUUCGUGGUUGACGUCCAAAAAGAAGUUGGGGACAUCGUGAAAAACAUGUCCAAAUACCAGUUCUUCACCGGAGAGUCCAUGGAUCCAGACGGCAUGGUGGGACUGCUGAACUACCGCGAAGACGAGAUCACACCGUACAUGCUUUUCUUCAAAGAUGGUCUGCUGAUUGAGAAAUGCUAACUACAUCUGCUUUUCAACUGGCUGCUGCUUCCCAAAUGGCCCCAAGAGCAGACCGAAGGAGCACUAUUUUGCAUCAUGCCUGAACGGAAACAUUCUUGUACAAUUUCUUAUAUUCACAUUAUGGCCCACAGCAGCGCGCCCAAAGGCUGGUUGAAUCAAACACGAUUGGCCACUGAAUACCGUUUUUAAACUUUUUCUUUACGGCUUUUGCAGUGUUUGAUUUUCAUCCCAGGAUUGGCCCCGUGUUUGUGAUUGAAAUUAAAAGGCAGGCUCUGAAGUAUAGAAGGUUUUUUGUUCUUCUGUCUGCGUACUAUUUUAGCAAUGAUCUAUAAAGGUUGAUCUCCUCAGACCUUGUUUAUGGUUGCAUUAAAUAUGAUUCCAUCUACAAUGAAAAUACUUCUGGUUUAAUUUGAAAAUAAAGUCUAGUACCACCA